CAAUUCUCGGCAAAAAACAGGUGCCGGGGAACGUCGCGGGAGCGGUGUUUCAAGCGGAGCCGGACUUGCUUUGGGAAUGGCAGGACGGAGUGUGCGGACAGGUUUUACCGCUUCUUGGGGAUACUACUUCUAGUCGAGGCGUGUUGACGAACAAUGGCUUGUCUUGCGUCCCUGUAGUUCCUGCUCCAGCUACAACUCCCGCAGUAGCAGCUCCAACGGGAGGCACAACCGCAAGCUCCUCGUCCUCUAGCAGUACUAAAACUGCGCUGGCUGCGAUGAUGCGGCAUGCGAAUGAUCCGAUUGGCAGCCGGUUUUGGGAAAGCGCUCGCGGGGCAGAAUUGCGUCUGCCGGAAGUUGGUUCAGGUGCUGCAGGGUCUGGGUUAUGAACGAAGAAAAUAAUCAAACAAGAUCUUGUGUGGGCUUUGUAUGUAGAUGUGCGACCACUUCGGAGACGAGAAUGCCUAAAUUCCUCUUCGCAGAUUGCCGUGCAGAAUGAUGUUACUCAGCAUGGUAUGAAUGUCAUGCGAAUUUAUGAGCUUCACACCGUCGUGCAAGAUGUUACCCGCCAUGGUAUCAGGCCCACCACAAUUCCAUGCGCUUCACACCGUCGCGGAGAAUGUUUUGCGCCUUGGUGUCAUGUCCACCAUGCAAGAAAGCGGCUUCGUGUGAUCAAUUCGACAGCACCUCCUAAUGGUCGUGCAGAAAAUGGUCCUUGGUGCUUUGAAAUUAAAAUUGUUUGUUUCAUAAAUUGAAAUGUACGAGCGAAGCAAGAGUGAAAUUCCUCCUUCUUGCACUGCCCACACAAGGCUCCACGACUUUCCAUUUCCAUAACCCAAUCUACGCGGAACGGAACAGGAUGUGGAUCAGGUCUCCGGCGAAGAAGCAUCCUCCGUCGGUGUUGGUACUAGCGGCGGUUCCGUGGCAACAAGCUUGCUGAGAAAAGAAGAUACCAAGCCGGGAUCAUCUUCUCGAGGACGCGAGGCUGGACAAUUGAAAGUCACAAAGAUUUUGCAGCGCAAGCAGGACCAGCACCAGUCGGACCGCGAUGCUGUACCGAAAUCUACCAGCAGCAGCCGGGAUCAACACUGGAAACCAGUGAACGUUCGAGAUUUGUUUCCCAAUCUGGAACAAGACAAACCAGGACUAAGCCACGGGGCCGGUAGUUCAAGCACAGGCAGAAGAAUUGAGGAUGCUAGUACUGCAACUGCUCCGCAACAGCCUGCUGCGAGUAGUUCUUCGUCCGCCUGGAAACCAAAACUGCCGACAGCAGAUCCUAUCUCCGCGAGUCCGGCUUUGCCAGUCGGCAAACACAUCGACGUCGCAGAGCUGUUUCAAGCGAAAAAGCCGAAGGGAACAAGAUCUACUCCGGUUGGAGGUGCAUCUUCAAAGAAGCCUGCGUGGGAAGCAGAGUCGCCCUUAGGGCGCAACAGCAGGAGGAACAAAGGAGGGAACUUCACUGCAACAGCAGUGCACGAGGAAGGAGACGAUGAACAUUUCCCAGAACAACAUUCCGAGCGGACGAGACAGCAAAAAAUCAAGAACCGCAAGUUUCCGAUCGAAAACGAAGGAGUGAAUCAAACGGCGAGGCUUGGCGGAAGACCGAUUGUAUCUGUUCCGAAGCAGGGGCCGGCUCUUGGACGGGCAGGAAAGGCUGGAAGAGCGAAUGUAGUUCAAAAGAGCAGCUACUACCCAGCACCUGUAGUUGGUGCAAGAGGACGAGCAUCUGCAUCUGCCGGCAGCGACCGCAACUCAACCUCCACCCCCGCUGCUUCCCCCCCGCCGGCCGCUCGGGGGGAUAAAAACUAUUUGGAAGAUUU